CUUUCUUAGAUAUAGCAAGAAUUGGGGUUAAUUCUUUGGAAAUAUGGGGGAAAUCUGCUGUUUGGUGUACAUGUUUCAAUUCCGUUAGGCCCAAUAUUGUACAAGGGCCCGCACUGUUGCAGCCUUAUUUCCCCAUAUUUAUAUCAUUCAAAAUUCGUGUGUUUUAAUUGUUGGUUGUACUGUUGGACCAUGAGUUGGACAUAUAAAUGACCCUUUUGCCCCCCAAAAAAUCAAUUCCCUCAUGCAGUCAACCAAGUAAAAGGGUACGGGAUGGAAAUAUGAAAUUCAGUGCAUAAAACAUCUCUCCAAAACAUGUCUAAUUCUUAUUAACUGAACAUUUAUUUUAUUUCAUACUUGGUGGGCCACCCACCCUCAAAUCUGAUACAGUUUGUUAACCUAAUAAUUUCAUAUCAGUGAAACUGAACACACCCUUAAUGUGUGAUACUAUUACAUCCACAUAAAAAAAGGAUAACAAAUUUAAUGCACAUGUAAUUGAAUCCACUUUUUGUGUAUUGUUAAUCACAUAUAGAUUAACAUAUUAUGACUAUAUUAGUCAUGCCAUUUCUUCCAUUAAUUAGAAUUCAUUGAGGAUUGACCAUCUUCACAAACUGAUAGAAAUACUUAAUCGAAUUAACCAACAUAUUUAAUACAAAUUUCCCAAAAUAACAAAAUCUCGCUAGCACCUAUUAAAUGAAUAAAAUUAAUACACCAAGAUCACGUAGAGAAUUACUGGGCCAUUAAGGCCCACAGUUUCAAUAAUGGACUUGGUCCAUUUCAAACGAUAUAAAAUAGAAAAUUCACUUCAUGCCGACCUGUCCGUACAAGUCUGACGACUGACAGUGAAAUCUCCCUCAGAAAAAAAUCAGAAAACGAAGGAAUACAGUUUGAAAUUGAAGAAUCAAUGGCGAACUACUUCACGUGUCCGAUCGUCUCCGUCGCAUGCGCGAUCUCAAUCCUUUGUUUAGCUUUAGCCGAAUCUGCAAAUUCACCGUUUAUCGUGGCUCAUAAAAGAGUUUCUCGCACGAAGGUGAAUUCGGAUUUGGAGCGGUUAUCCGUCUCCGUCGACAUUUAUAACACUGGAUCCGAACCUGCCUAUGAUGUUGCACUCUAUGAUGAUAAUUGGGCUGAAGAGGUUUUCGACACUGUUAUUGGAAAUACAUCCAAGACCUGGGAAAAGCUUGAUGCUGGUUCCCUUGUGUCUCAUUCAUUUGAAUUGGAGUCGAAGGUGAAAACGGUGUACUAUGGGACGCCUGCUUUGAUCACUUACCGUGUUCCCACAAAGUCGAAACUACAGGAAGCGUAUUCAACUCCUAUUCUACCAUUGAGGAUUCUAUCUGAAUCAGCUGCUGAGAACAAAUUCCAAAUUGCAAAGAUGCUGUUGGCAAAGUACGGUUCACUAAUUUCAGUGGUGCUUAUCGUCGCCAUUUUCGCGAACAUCUUCACAUCUCCAACAAAAGCCAGUGCUGGGAAGAAGAAGAAGCACUGACUUGCCACAUUAUCUUCUGACUUUUCAAAUGCACAGAAUCUUUAGAUCGGUUAUACUUUUAAGAGGUAUAGGGGUUGGCCACAUUGAGUUAGUUGUGAUAUUUAUAAACAAGUAAAUCUUAACAUUUACGAAUUUUCACAGGCAAUAUUGAUUUACCGGUAA